AUGGAAUUAAAGGAAUGGGCCUAUGCCACUAUCAUCCCCAAGGUCUUGGCCAUGUCUGGAGACCCCAACUACCUGCCCCGCAUGACCAUGCUCUUCUGCAUCAAUGUGCUGUUCAGAGUCUGUGGGCAGGGCAUCACUGCCAAGUGUAUGCUGCCCACUGUCCUGCGUAUGGCUGGAGACCCAGUUGCCAACGUCCACUUCAAUGUGGCCAAGUCCCUACAGAAGAUAGGGCCCAUCCUGGUCAACAGUACACUGCAGAGUGAAGUCAAGCCCAUCUUAGAGAAGCUGACCCAGGACCAGGAUGUGGAUGUCAAGUACCUUGCACAGGAGGCUCUGACUGUUCUGUUUCCCACCUGACACUGGAAGAGGAGCCAACUCUGGUGUCCACCCUCCAACCUCCCCAUGUUCUUCCUCAGGAAGGCACUGGGGGUACUUG